AAAUUUAUAUUUUAGAUAUCUCAACUUGUAGUAAUUUUAUAGCUAAAAUGGAUGAUACAGAAUCACUAGCUGAAUUUAGUGCCAUUAAGAUCAAUGCCGAACAUAAGGAUCUUAUUCAUGACCUUGCUUUCGAUCAUUAUGGAAAACGUAUGGCGACUUGUUCCAGUGAUCAAACUGUCAAAGUAUGGGAUUUAGAUGAUGAUGGUGAUUGGUACUGCAGUUCCAGCUGGAAAACCCACAAUGGUUCAGUCUGGAAAGUAUGUUGGGCUCACCCUGAAUUUGGGCAAGUGCUCGCAACAUGUUCUUUUGACAGAACUGCUGCUGUAUGGGAAGAGAUUGUUACUGAUACGACAACAUUGAAAAAUAAUAGAUCAUGGAUUCGUAAGUCGUCUCUUGUGGAUAGUCGAACAUCUGUAACUGAUGUAAAAUUUGCGCCAAAACAUCUCGGUCUACAACUGGCUACUUGCUCUGCUGAUGGAAUUGUACGUGUUUACGAAGCACCUGAUGUUAUGAAUCUGGCUCAAUGGUCUGUUCAGCAUCAAAUCAAAUUGAAAUUAGGUUGCAGUUGUUUGUCCUGGAACCCCUCAAGUUUUUACAAACAUCCUUCAAUGAUUGCAGUGGGUAGUGAUGAUAAUAACCCAUCCGUGGGCGGCAAGGUUUUAAUAUACGAAUACAGUGAAAUCAAUCGUGAUUGGGUCAAAGUUCACACAAUAAUGACAAUAACGGAUCCUGUUAAUGAUAUUGAAUUUGCUCCGAAUUACGGUGCGAUGAGACACACGCUUGCCGUAGCGUCAAAGUGUGUUCAUAUUUUUGUUAUGAAGCUUUUGAGUGAUUCUAAAACAUCUGGAACUGAAUCGUCUAGCUAUUCUGUGAGUGAAGUCGCUAAAUUUGAUGCUCACAAUAGCAAAGUAUGGAGAGUUAGUUGGAAUGUUCUUGGUACGGUGUUGUCAUCGUCUGGAGAUGAUGGAAAAGUACAUCUCUGGAAAGCUAAUUAUUUAGAUAAUUGGAGAAAAGUUGGAACAUUGAAAAAUUUGCAAGAUAAUAAAACAACACAAAGCAAUGUUUCAAGGCAAAAUAGCUCCAAUGAUAAAGGACUGUCUAAUUCUCAACAAACUAUCAGGAGUGGAUUCAUGAGAUUUGUACCUGGAAGAGAACCACCAUCACCUCGACCUAUCGAUCCUCGAUUCGAAAAUGCUUAUUAUUGAUGUUCCUAUAGUGAUAAUGUUUAUCAACUUCGUUGGCGAACUUUAUUAAAAUCUAUUUCAUCACUUUUACUGCAGUGGAGAUGAAUAUAAUGAAUGAAUAAAAUUUGUUUUUGGACACUAAGUGGACUUGUGAAUCGAUUUGCUAUUGUUGUUGUUGUUAAAAAAUUUACUUUUGUAACUAAUGGACCAAUAAAUUUCAUAUUUUUAGUAUUUGCAGAUGGAAGAAAAACUAGAAGUCUAUUCCUUUUUUAUUUUUUAAAUUCCUGAGUCAUAUGGGACCUGCUUUUUUGCCUUUUCAGUUAAAUUAAAGGGAACGCUAUUAUCCUGUAAUGGUCAUGGCCUCUUUGUCAAUCUUGUCUGGAAACAGGAAAAUCUGUGUUUUCCCACUUAUUAAUCCGCUUUGCUUAUGUUUUUUGUCAGUACAUUUUGGUUUUACCAGUAUUCAGUGGAUGCGACCAAUACCCUUUACUGAUUAUUAUUUCAAUUAAUAAAAUGACUCAGCAGUCAACUUCAUGUGACAUUGGUAUAAUCUGUGGCCCAUGUUUUAUACUUGGUCUCUUCCUCCAUUUCUUUUUUAUAAAUAUAUUCAUUUUGAGUAUUCUGAUAUACUGUAUAUUUACGUAUGUGUUUUUGCUGACUUUACAUUUUCACUAAAUUAGGGUUUACACUUCAAAACAUUAACAAUAUUUUCAAGACCAUGCUUUGUAACUCACUUCAUAGGAUUUACAUUUCAAAACUCUAUCAAAUUUUCAUAUCGUGCUUCAUAACUCACUCUGCACAUAUCAUUCAAAUCGAAUGUGGCCUGGCCCCAAAUUUCUCAUGGCCUGGCUUCUUUUGAGUGGCCUGGAUCUAGAGUCACAAAAAAGUUAUCACUCCUGUUGCACCUAGAUGUAGAAAGCUAUUGGGAUUGGAAUAACUUGGUCCUAAUUCACUUCAUCAUCUGACUUAGUGAAGUGCUGUGUAUGAUUGGACUAUGCUUCAUGGCUCAGUUCCAAAAUCUUUUUGACACGCCACUGGACCCCUUUUUUAUAAAAAUGUAACUAGGUUUGCUCUUAACGAGAGCCAAUCUGUUAUUUUAACAAAAACAAAAAAGCAAACGAACGAAAGUUAAGCAUUGCAGUCAGUGAAUUCACUAAUCAAAAUUAAUUUACUAUUAUUUAUGUAAUCAUCGCAAAUGAUACCCAGGAUACACCUCUGCUCAUUUCCUUUGGAAACCACUGUGGCUCCAUAGGGGGCGGAGGGCCCAGCUGGAGAAACACCCGGCUAGAACAAGAAAUACCUGCAUACUUUAAGCUAGUCUAUCAUUGAACACUAGGUCAUCAUAUCUCCAUAUAUUUUAAGCCACCUAAUAAUAGGAAUUGGUAUUUUGUAGAUUGUGUUUAUGGCUUUAGAUAUACCGGUUGAAUUAUAUUCCAUAAUGCUUCUUAACUUGAAGUUCUUGAUAAUACUGUUAUUGGAAAAAGCUUUUGUAAAAAUCUAAUUGUAGUCAUUUGUAUGAAUGAAAACAACUGUUUAAUGUGAAAUCUAUAGUUGCCUAUCUCAACUCUUUGAGGAAACACUGAAUAUUUGCUUGCAUUAUGUUCUUCCUUUAUUAUUAACUUACAAAUGCAUAGUUUCAUUUAAUCACUGAUUGUUGUAACUUUUUGGUUUUCUCAUCUAUUUAUAAG